GUGGUCUCACGCAGCCAGCAGCGCACUGAGGAAUUCAGCAGUGUGAAGGUGGGCUUGACCUUCCUGCUUGAGAUGGGCCAACUCACUGGAUUAUAGAUAUUCAUCACAUUGACAUCAUCUGGACUAAUUGGACAGACCAGCAAGAAUAUUCUCCUACUCACAACAUGAAGCCUCCUCCACGCUGGUUUGGAACAGCAAGUUUGUGCUUGUUUUGGCUCCAAACUGUCCUCAGCAACUCCACACACCUGGAGUCCCUUCUGGACCAGUACCGGGACAAGGAUGAGCAGUGGUGGACGGCCAGGACCAGAGGAAAGAGAGCCAUCAGUGAGGGGGACAAGCACCUCAUCUUAGACCUGCACAACAAGCUGAGGGGUCAGGUCCACCCCCCGGCCUCCAACAUGGAGUACAUGGUGUGGGAUUACGAGUUGGAAAGAAGCGCCGAGCACUGGGCUCAUACCUGUCGAUGGGAACACGGGCCGAGUUACAUGCUGACUCAAAUAGGCCAAAACCUCGGAGCACACUGGGGCAGGGACCGCCCUCCCACCUACCAUGUGCAGGCCUGGUACGAUGAGGUGAGGUACUACAGCUACCCUUACUCCCAGGAGUGUAACCCACACUGCCCCUUCAGAUGCUCCGGACCUGUUUGCACUCACUACACUCAGCUGGUGUGGGCCACCAGCAAUCGUAUUGGCUGUGCCAUCAACGUGUGUUACAACAUGAACGUGUGGGGGAUGAUCUGGACUAAAGCCGUCUAUCUGGUCUGCAACUACUCCCCACCCGGAAACUGGUGGGGUCAUGCGCCCUACAAAUAUGGCGCUCCUUGUUCCGCCUGUCCAGCCAGUUACGCUGGAGGCUGCAGAGACAAUCUCUGCUACAAAGACGGAGGUGUGGACAGGCGUCCUGCUCCGGAGACAGAGGAGACCAACUACAUUGAACCAGAACCGGAUGCCGUGAGAGAGAGGGAGCCCCAACCCAGGGCCCAGACGCCAAAGCCCUCACAACCCUCAGAGGACGUUGACAGGAACCGAGUGGUCAGCACUGAGCAGAUGUCCCAGCAGGUGGACUGUGACACCAAGCUGAGAGAUCGCUGCAAAGGUACACCAUGCAACAGAUACGAGUGUCCACCCGGCUGCCUUCACGCACAUGGAAAAGUGGUUGGGAACACAUUUUACGACAUGCAAUCCAGUGUGUGUGGCGCGGCGCUGCAUGCGGGCGUGAUCGACAACGAUGGAGGAUGGCUGGAUGUUACCCGACUGGGUAGAAAACAACACUUUUCCAAAUCAUACAAGAAUGGAAUUCAGUCGAUUGGGAAGAACAGAAGUGCCAAUUCCUUCAAGAUAGAAUCGGUUCCUGUGAAGGCGGUGACGUGUGACACCACCGUGGCGUCGUACUGUCCCUUUAAGAAGCCCGUGCGACACUGCCCCAGGUUGUAUUGUCCCAGAAACUGUCUACGUGAGAGUCAAGGCAGAGUCGUCGGAAGUAAAUAUUACUUUGAUAAAUCCAGCAUCUGCAGAGCAGCCAUUCAUGCCGGAGUCAUCCAGAGUGAGUCUGGAGGUUACCUAGACGUGAUGCCAGUGGAGCGCAGGAGGCAGCACAGCGGUAGUUCCCAAAACGGCAUCACUUCAGAGAGCUUGCUCCAGACCACAGGAGGGAGAGCCUUCAGAGUCUUUGCUGUCAUCUGAAGUGUCGAGAACACACUUUUUCACUCAUAACCAGCAGAUCAGGUCGGCCCAAGGACCAAGCACCCACACAGGAAAACAUGCUAACGCCACAGGGAAAGGACCAAGUACCCACACAGGAAAACAUGCUAACGCCACACGGAAAGGACCAAGUACCCACACAGGAAAACAUGCUAACGCCACAGGGAAAGGACCAAGUACCCACACAGGAAAACAUGCUAACGCCACACGGAAAGGACCAACUACUCACACAGGAAAACAUGCUAACGCCACAGGGAAAGGACCAAGUACCCACACAGGAAAACAUGCUAACGCCACAGGGAAAGGAACAAGUACCCACACAGGAAAACAUGCUAACGCCACACGGAAAGGACCAAGUACUCACACAGGAAAACAUGCUGACGCCACAGGGAAAGGACCAAGUACCCACACAGGAAAACAUGCUAAGGCCACAAGGAAAGGACCAAGUACCCACACAGGAAAAAGGGAAAGCCCCAAAGCCAGAACUGACAGUAGGAUCCACUGCCACACCAAACUGCCCACUAAGUUUCCUGAAAGGUACUUUUAUUUUGAAAAGCCCCAAAAAGCCCCAAGAGCCACACCCACAUUUCAACUCUGGUAAAAAUCCAGAACUUCAAAAUCCCGCUGACCCAUGUUGUGAUUGGACAGUUUCUUCAGUGGGCGGGGCUUAGCAAGUCCACUUGCAAUGGAAAUAUUCUCCCAUUCCACUGAAGGAAUAUUUAAGAUUUUUUUCUACAUU